AACCAACCAACCUCCGGCAAUGGCGGCCGGCUAUAUAUAUCCAGCCGUCUCUUCCCCAAAUCCCUUUCCAUCCUCCACACCGAACACGCACAACCACCACCGCCACCACCUCUUCGGCCGGGAAGGGGUGCGAUCCGCCGCCCAUGGCCGCCGCCGCCACGUACUGGCUCGCCGAGCACCCGGCCAUCGUCGGCUUCCGGUGGAGCCCCACCCACCUGUGGUUCUCCACCUGGGCGUUCCUCCUCGGCUUCCUCGCCUCCUACGUCGCGCUCUGCCUCGCCCUCGACGCCUUCCUCGGGGCCGCCCUGCGCCGCCGGAAGCCGCUCCCGCUCGGCCCCGUGCCGGCCGCGCACGCGCUCCUCAUGGCGGCCGUGUCGGCGGCCAUCUUCGCCGGCACCCUGCUCUCCGCCGUCGCGGAGAUACGGGACACGCGGUGGUCGUGGCGCGGCCGGAGCCGGACCACGCCGUUCCGGUGGCUCCUGUGCUUCCCGCCGGGGACCCGCUCCUCGGGCCGCGUCUUCUUCUGGUCCUACGCCUACUACCUCUCCCGGUACCUCCACGCGGCGCGGGGCGUGUUCGCGGUGCUCCAGCGCCGGCGGGGCGCCUCGGCGCGGGUGUUCGCGCACGCCGCCUCCGUGGCCAUGGCGUUCCUGUGGCUGGAGUUCUCGCAGUCGUUCCAGGUGCUGGCCAUCCUGGCGUCGACGCUGGCGCACGCCGUCGCGUUCGGGUUCCGGUUCUGGGUGGGCGCCGGCCUCCCCGCCGCGCGCGCCGCCCGGGGCGCCCCCGUCGCGCUCGCCUGCCAGCUCGCGCUGCUCGGGUGCAACCUGGCGUGCCACGUGGGCGUGGUGUGGAUGCACUUCGGCGCCGUCGGCGGCGGGUGCAGCGGCAUCGGCGCGUGGGUCUUCAACACGCUGCUCAAUGCCGCCCUGCUCUGGGUGUUCCUGCAUUGCUACGGCAAGCGCGGGGUCUGCGACGACGACGGCGGCGCCACCGCCGCACGCGCGCGCCACGACGGCAACAAGGAGCUCUAAUCCGGUGCGAGGUCAGGUGAUGCAACAAAUCCUGUAAUAUACUCUUUUGUAAAUAGGCCGGGCGACGGAAGGAAGGGCGAUCGGAGGGGAUAAACACCACCAACGACAAGAUAACACAGGGGAUGAGCAAUCGAUCCUCUUUUGAUUGCAGCUUUGCAAACCAAAAGAGGGAGAUCAUCGAAGCAAUCGAACCCCUGCUUAGUUUUCUCUUUCUUUUUCUUUUUUUUCUUACUAGUCCGUGUCUCCCUCGUGUUCAUGGGAUUUCUCAGUAAGAAGGGAAUGGAAGAGGAAAGAAUUACAUUUUUUUGGCAAACCAAACCGCCCCUGUGUCAUUCCG